AUGCUCGCUGGGCAGGCGCUCGCGAGCAACAACGUGCUGUCGGUCCUGCAGCUGAACGGCUGCGGGCUCGGGGACCUCUUCGCGGCCCAGCUGGAGCAGCUGCUGAUGUCGAACGUCGCCCUCAAGGUUUUGGACCUCGACCUCAACAUGAUCAGCAGCGUGGGGCUGGCCGGCAUCUGCCAGGGCCUGACGGCAAACCGUGCCCUCAGGGAGCUCGACCUGAACCGGAACGAGAUCGGCUCCGAGGGCGCUCAGCACCUGGCUGGAGCCCUGACGCUCAACGCCACGCUCUGCAAGCUGUCCCUGCACGGCAACAGCAUCGGCGACGACGGCGCGCUUUCUCUGGCCCAGGCGCUGCCGCAGAACGCCGCGCUCCAGCACCUCGUGCUGGAGCGCAACAACAUUACCGAUCGCGGCGCCGCGCACCUCGCGAGCGGCGUCGCGAAGAACUUCACCAUGAGGACCCUGUCGCUCGGGUCGAACAGCAUCGCAGACGUCGGGGCAGUGGCCCUGGCCCGCAUGCUCAGCGAGAACGGGGUCCUGCAGGAGUUCCACCUCGACGACAACCUCGUGGCGGACGAAGGCGCGGAGGCGAUCGCCGGCGCGCUCGAGCAGAACAGAGGUCUCACCGAGCUCUGGCUGGUCGACAACCUCUUCAGCCCCAGGGUCGCCAGGAGCUUCGCCACCGCGCUGAUGCGCAACGGCGCCCUCCGGCGUCUCGGCCUCUCCUCCGACAAGCGCGGCGACGCCGGUGCCAUCCGCAUGCUGGAGGCCGCCGGGCGCUGGCGCCGGGCGCGGGCCGAUACGGCCUCGGCCGUCCGCGCGCUGCCUGCCGCGGAGCUGGCCACGGUGCUCCCCUCGCGCACGCCCGUCUUCGCGCCGCUCGGCGCCCCCCGGCCGC